UAUCUUAAACAAGAACACGCAUCUCAAAGUCCAACCAAUCACCAUCCAGAUACUUCCUUCUUAUCACCAGCUCGAAGGCAAAGCUCAGCGCCAGUGAGACCCUUCGUUCUCGUUCUCCGGCGUGCCAUCGCCGGCAGGCGCCGGCGAUCUUCUCCGUCACCUUGCUACGGCGAGGUGUACUUCCUCAUGGCUCUGGUCCCUUCUACAACCAUCGAUGGCCCUUUCUUCGCCGAGGUCGACAUGGGUGGCGACUCUUCGUCGACCACCGUACGCGCCACCAUUGUUCAGGCCUCCACCGUCUUCUACGACACCCCAGCCACUCUCGAUAAGGCUGAGAAAUUAAUUGCAGAUGCUGCAACAUACGGAGCGCAGUUAGUGGUGUUUCCAGAAGCAUUCAUUGGUGGAUAUCCCCGUGGCUCCACCUUUGGUGUCACCAUUGGUAGCCGUUCAGCCAAGGGCAAAGAAGAUUUUCGAAGAUACCAUGCUGCAGCCAUUGAUGUACCUGGUCCUGAAGUUGAUCGCUUGGCAGCAAUGGCUGGAAAACAUAAGAUUUUCUUAGUGAUGGGUGUAAUAGAAAGGGAAGGAUAUACACUUUACUGCACAGUACUUUUCUUCGAUCCUCAGGGUCAAUAUUUGGGUAAACACCGAAAACUAAUGCCUACCGCGCUAGAACGUGUAAUAUGGGGUUUUGGAGAUGGAUCUACAAUUCCUGUAUAUGAAACUCCCCUUGGAAAGAUAGGGGCCCUCAUUUGCUGGGAAAACAGGAUGCCACUAUUGAGGACGGCAUUAUAUGGUAAAGGCAUAGAAAUAUACUGUGCCCCUACUGCUGAUGCCAGGGAUGUGUGGCAAGCAUCUAUGACACACAUUGCACUUGAGGGUGGUUGCUUUGUUCUGUCGGCAAACCAGUUUUGCAGAAGGAAAGAUUAUCCACCUCCACCAGAUUACAUGUUUGCUGGUAUGGAUGAUGAGCCCUUGCCAGAAUCGGUGGUAUGUGCUGGAGGAAGUGUCAUCAUAUCACCAUCAGGUGUUGUUCUAGCUGGACCCAACUACGAAGGGGAAGCUCUCAUCUCAGCUGACCUAGACCUUGGAGAGAUUGUGCGAGCUAAAUUUGAUUUCGACGUGGUGGGACACUAUUCAAGACCCGAAGUGCUUAGCUUGACUGUGCGAGAUCACUCGCUGAAGCCCGUCUCCUUCGCUUCAGCUGAAAACAAGCCCGAAAGCACACGAAAAUCGUGAUAAUGCCAUCUAUUAUUGUCGUCGUUGUUGUUGUUGUUGUUGUUGUAAGGGUGACUGUAAAUUUCAUUUUGAUGUUUCCAUCUUUGUUGAAGCUUUGAAAGAAUAAAAUUUAUCAUCUUUUCUCAUGUAAAAUAGUGUUUUCUGAUUGUGUUCAAGUUCCAUGUGUUUGAUGCUUUUGUAAA